AUGGCUGCUGCAAUAGAAACAAAACUUUAUGUAACGAAUUUUCCGAGUUCAGCUACUCGACAACAAUUACAACAAUUUUUUUCACGUUUUGGUCGUGUACAAGAAUGUGCUAUUAUGUGGAAUUCAUAUGCAUUUGUUCAUUAUGCAACGAUGGAAGAAGCUCGUCGUGCACUUGAUCAAUCAAAUGGUGCGAUGUUUCUUAAUCGAAAACUCAUUGUUCAAUUAUCAACAUCACGUUUUCGUCCACAACCUAAAGAAGCAACUAAUCCAUUAUCACAACCACCUAAGCAACUAAUGGUUAUGACGAAUCCAUCAUCAUCAUCAGUUGCUUAUCAUCAUUUAACGAAUGGAGGAGGAUCAACAAUUAAACAACAACAACAACAACAACAGCAGCAGCCAAAUCCACUCACACAACAGUAUUCGAAUGAAGUCAAUUAUGAUAUGAUGACAGGUUAUAAUCCUCAAUGUUCAUCACCGAUAUUACAAGAUGGAAAUAAUUUUUUUCCAAAUACAUAUCGUCCUCCAUCACCAUUUUAUUUAUCUCAAGAACUUAAUAAUGGCUAUUAUUCACAAUAUUCCAAUAUACAAAUGGAUAGAAUGACACCUUCACCAUUAUCAAUUCAAUUAAAUAAACUAAAUCAUAUUAAAUCAAAUAAAAAUAAUAUCAAAACAGAUAUUGGUACAAAUGGUGAAAUUCCGAAAUUAUAUUGUACGAAUUUACCAGAUAAUUGUAAAGCAAAUGAUUUACAACGUUUAUUUUCAACAUUUGGUCAAGUUAUUGAUUGUGUUAUUCUAUGGGAUUAUUACGCAUUUGUUACAUUUAAAUCAUUUCCAGAAGCAGAACAUGCUUUACAUACACUUCAUGGUUAUACAUGGAAAGAUCGACGUCUUAUUGUAGAAUGGUCACGUGCAUCAGGACGACGACAACAACAACAAACAUCACCAUCACCAACGACACCAAGACUUGGAUCAUUUGGUUCUGAAGUUUCAACACCACCGUCACCUCGAAGUCGUCCAUCAACAUUAUUAUCUCAUCAAUCUGCUUCAAAUGGACAAUUUUAUGGAAAUAAUUCACCAAAAAUUCUUUCACCACUUAAAUCACAAUCACCACAUCAUACAUUCAAUCAAAAUCUUGCGAUGAUGUCAAUCAUUCAACAACAACAACAACCAGUUUUACACCAUCAUCAUCAUUCAUCGAUGCCAUAUGGAACAUAUUCAAAUCGAAAUAAUGUUGAAUCAUUAAUCAAUGAAAAUCAACCAAUAUUUGAUGGUUUAACAAAUUCUUCAUCAAAUCAUCGUCUUGAUUUAUCACCAUUUAUUGAUUCAAAUACAUCAAAUUCAAAUACAUUAUUUUCAUCAUCAUGUGAACUUCCAUCACCAUCAUCACCUGUAUCAAUAACAAAUGUUUAUCAACCAUCAGAUAUUGCUGCUUUACUUGAACCAUCAUCAUCUGAUGUAUCAAUAAAUAAAAAAUCAACAGAAAAUUCAAGAAUUAAUGAUAUAACAAAUACUUUAUCAUCACAAUCAACAAAUAUUCAAUCAUCAUGUUCAUCGACAGCAGCUGCUGCUGCUUUAUUUCAGGAAAAUUUAUUAUCAUCAUUAUUUGGUUCAUUAGAACCAUUUAGUAAAUUAUUUCCAAUUGAUGAACAAUCAACAACAACAUCAAAUUCACGUUAUAAUCAUAUUUUACCAACAUCAUCACCAUUAUUAACAACAGCACCUGAUAAUAGUCAUUAUCCAAUAUAUUAUGGGCAUAAUAAUUCUUGGCAUUAA